GGUGGCGGCGGCGGCGGCGACUACGGGUUGGUGACGGCCGGCUGCGGCUUCGGCAAGGACUUCCGUAAGGGCCUCCUCAAGAAGGGCGCGUGCUACGGGGACGACGCGUGCUUCGUGGCCCGACACCGCUCCGCCGAUGUGCUCGGGGUUGCAGAUGGCGUAGGAGGAUGGAGAGACUAUGGAGUUGAUCCAUCUCAGUUCUCAGGGACUUUAAUGCGUACAUGUGAACGUUUAGUAAAAGAAGGACGGUUUGUACCAAGUAAUCCCAUUGGAAUCCUCACCACAAGCUACUGUGAGUUGCUGCAAAAUAAAGUACCUUUGCUUGGUAGCAGUACCGCCUGCAUCGUGGUGUUGGACAGAACUAGUCACCGCUUACACACAGCGAACCUGGGCGAUUCAGGCUUCCUGGUUGUCAGGGGCGGUGAAGUUGUGCACCGAUCAGAUGAACAGCAGCAUUACUUCAACACUCCAUUCCAGCUUUCAAUUGCUCCCCCUGAAGCUGAGGGAGUUGUCUUGAGUGACAGCCCGGAUGCUGCUGAUAGCACAUCUUUCGAUGUCCAGCUAGGAGACAUUAUCCUGACAGCGACAGAUGGACUCUUUGACAACAUGCCUGAUUAUAUGAUCCUUCAGGAGCUAAAAAAGUUAAAGAAUUCAAAUUAUGAGAGUAUACAACAGACUGCAAGAAGCAUUGCUGAGCAAGCUCACGAGCUAGCCUAUGACCCAAAUUACAUGUCACCUUUUGCACAGUUUGCAUGUGACAACGGAUUGAAUGUGAGAGGUGGAAAGCCAGAUGAUAUCACCGUCCUUCUUUCGAUAGUGGCUGAGUAUACAGACUGACUCGCCAAGGUGUCAACUCCUGCCUUUCCUUUCAUCUUCCCAAAUGUCCCCUGCCAUGUGUGCUGAUCCUGCUGGCAGGACCACAUUUCUUUGCCACUGAUCUCAAUGGCCAGUGAUGUAAGCCCUUUGCCUGUCUUUUUGAGACCCGUUGAGAACCACUACUACCAUUCACUAGCUCAUAUCUGCCAGGAACAAGAGGAUCGAGGUUUGAAGACUGGCCUUCAUUUCUCAAUGUCCUUUCCAUGAUAGGGAUGGAGGUUUUCAAAGCCCAGCUAUUGCUUUGCAAAAGUGGUUGAAGUAUUGAAAAUGAGUAAUGUUGGUAAAGUGAAUUCAGAAUUACAGUGUGUUAAAGGGAUUUUAAAAGUCUAACAUAAAUUGUAUGUAAUGAUACAUGUACUAAAACAUUAUUCAUCAAAAGAAAUGUUACACGUGUACUUCACAGGCAUAGUCUUUGUUAUGAUGGUUGGGUGUGGCUUUAUGUUUUCAUUGUAAACUCCUAUUUUUCAGGAGCUUAUAAUUCUGCUCUAAAUCAUUGCUCUGGGUUAUGAAGUCUUGAUCCCAGAAGCUUGUUACACAUUGAAAGAAAAAUAUAUUUUAGUUCUUUGGAUGCAAAUGUUUUGUGCUUUUAAAAAGAUACUUAAUUGUGUUCCUGUGAUUAAAGUUUAUUCGUCAGUACAAGUCACAGGCUGGUGGCCUGCUCUACAGGAGGGGUGGGGGAAACUACCAAAUUUUUUAACGGACAUGUCAGUGAAGAUGGUAAAACUCCUCAAAGCCUAGAAAUUGAAUUAUGUUAUAGCUAAAAUUCUUCCCAGUAGUCUGAAAGAAUGCCCCCGUGUGGGAGCUUGUGGCCAGUAGGCCUAGAGGGUGAGAAAUGGACAGCUGUAGCUCUGAAUUGCAUUGGCUUUCGGGGUCAUGCUCCCAUAGUCUUACACUCAGCCCUUUUAUUAGUAGCCUUGCUUUCUUCUGCGCAUGCACCAAAUUCAGUGAGUUCCCGUGGAAAGAGCACGUGGCAGCGGCAGCAGCACGAAAGCCCACGAGGAAAACUCCUAGCAGUGAUUUGACAUUUGCAAUCCCCCCCAACAGAAAUUUAGGGGUUUCUGAAUCAAGCUUAAUGUUUACAGUUUCCGAAUAGCCAUUUUGCAGUGUAUAGUUUCCUUAAAAAACUGCCCCGCAUUCGGUUUUCCCGUUAUCUGCAAGCUCAAACUUAUUUUUAAAGUUUGUGUACAAGUUGACUGCUGUAAAGAUAUAUAUUUUUGGGUCAGUUUUUUUUCCUUCAUUAACUUGGUGGUAGAAAAAUAUAUAUACUUAGAAAUCCUUAAAUUAAAGCCAUGUUUUAUAUAUAUAUAUAUAUAAAAGUCAGGUAACUUUGAUGUAUAGAUGAGAAUGCAAUUAAACCUGAUGAGAAUCUACUUAAGGAGAAUAUAGAAAGUCUUUCUCUAAAGGAGAUACUGACUCCCUGGUUUAUUGCAUUUAAAACUUUUGUUUGAGGUUACCUCAACUUGUUUUAAAAGAUUUUGUUUUGUGAAUUUGUACUGUAUAUUUGAGUAACUGUCAAGCUUUUUGUUUUAUUUAAAAUUGUUUAACAUGUACCAUGUACAUGUCAUUACUAUAUUUCAAUGCAUCAUGCUUGUAACAGGCAUUUCAUUUAUAAUAAGAAUGAGUUAUUCAUUUGUAAGCCGUUCAGUAAUUUAUCUACUAUUCCUAAAUUGGCAUAAUGUUAGAUAUCUAUUUUGAAUCACCUUUAAUUACAUGUCAGAAUGCCUUAACUACCCUAACUUGACAAAACAGAAUUCUUUGGUAGAGGAGAUGGGGGUGGGAGUAUGUGUGCAGAGGGAGACCCUAUUUAAAUGAGGAGAAAUCAUCAUGCUGUGAUGAAACACAGAAGCAUGAGUGGCAAGCAGCGGGGUAUUUAUUUUGCACAAACUAUUUGCAGUCUCUGUGUAUUUAAAAAGUGAAGAAAAGUUGCAUCCAGAAGGGUUUUGCUGGAAAGAAUACAUUUGUACUAGGAUUGGUGACCUCAGCUCUUCUGUUUGGGUUUUAAAUUAUUUUGGUCAGAGGUAUGCAGCCUCAUGAUCUGGAUAUACUUUGCAUUAAUUUUCCAACGCCUACAUUUAAUUCCUGGUAAGAGCAGUGCUGAUCAAGUUACUGGCUUUUCUCUGUUCUCAUCAAAUUCAUUAGACACAAUCUUUGUAAAGCUAAAUUGGUGGUGUUUUACACAAAUCAUUUAAUCACCUUACUUUUUUGAAAAAUGAUUGUUAGAAAUGUUCCAGUGACACUGAAAAUAUGUGAGACAAGAAUUGAGUUUCAUAGUGAGAUUGACUUUAGACCUGGCCUGCAGAUUAAUGAUGGGAAAUCAUUUAUUUCCUUCCUCCCCCUGUCCUUUUAGUGUUAUUCACUUAAUUUUUUAUGAUUGCCAGGGGUCACCUGGAGUGCUGCUGAACAAGUGACUCUCCUCCUGCUCUCAGUAGUUAGAGGCUGUGUUGGACCCAGAGUAGAAUUUUCCAGGUCACAGACCCAAGUUCCCCUGUGUGUGAUUGUACCACUUGCUGGGUCUGAUUCUAGACCUGAUAUGUGUGUGUUAAUUGUAUUUUAAUCAAGCACACACACAUAUACACUCACACGUAUACAUUUGCCUCAUGUGAUGAAUUUUUAUAACAAAAGAGAAAAUUUGGAUUUCUAACUUACAAAUGGCAAAUUAUUUAUCCCUCUCUGGAUGCACCAAAGACCAGUAAAGUUUAUAGCUUUUCCAUCUAUAUUUAUAAAGCAAUACUGUAUUAUAAAAAUCAAUAUUUUUAUCACAUGCUUGAAAUUUUUAUUUUGUUCAGUUUUAAAAUGUGCACUCUAAACAUAUCAGAACCUUAUUUCUUCCUAUGAACUUAAGCUGCCUGCGCACAAAAAAAAAAAAAAAA